CUUUCUUCUCUCCUCCUCACACCCCAUAUCUCUUCUCCUCUUCACCGCACCCCUCGUCCUCACAUAGUUGCCCCCCUUCUGAUCUAUGUUCCUCUCUAGUUUAAUGGAUGCUAAAGCCACCUCUACUCAACUGGGAGAUGCAGUGGAGGUGAAGUCGCCACUUGAGUACUCCGACCACCGCCAAUCUGAACCACAUCUUUCAGAUCCGAAAAGUUUGAAGUCCAUUCGAGUUUCGGAUCUGGAAAAAAAGCCUUGGGUAAACCCAGUAAUCGUUCGGUUCGGUGAUUGUUCCACUGAAACAGAUCCUUAUUGGCGGUUGAGGAAAAAGCACGGCUCCAACCUGGUCAGUGACACGUUCGAAGGGCUGGAUGGCUUGGAGGACUCAGGGGAUGAGGCAACCUCCAGAUAUUUUGAGGGUGAGGAGUCAUAUGGGGUUGGUGAUUCCGCUGACGAACUGUUUGCAGACACUCCUCCUUAUACUCCAAAGGGUUAAUUAUACGGGUACGUGGGGAACUCCCAGCUCCAUGUCAUCUUGCUCAGCUUCGGUGUGUGGCGCAAAGGGAGGCAUAUCUGCUAAAGGAGUUGCAGCAGAGGCAGAUUCGGGAGCCAUAUCAGGAAGCUCAGAGACAGAAGAGGAAAACUGAGCUGUCCCAGAUUCCAUUUUUUGUUGGGGAGUAAAGCAUGUGUACUUGGGGGAGUAAAUGAGGGGUAUAUAUAGGGUAGAAGUAAUUUUGGGGGGAAAGGUUUCUAUUUUUAGCUUUUGGAGGGAAUCUGAAUAAUUAAACAGUUUGAAGAUGUAGUGUUUUUUA